CCGUUGCAGCCCUUUGACCAGAGAGCUUUUGUUUACAGAACUCUGCCGUAAAGUGCUGCUGUGGAGGAGACAGGGCCACACACAUGCACAGUGAUUGAGAGAUACCACCAGAAAAAUCAUAUAGGAUGACAACAACACAAUAGUGUUGGCAACCUGCAAGUGCUUCAGUUCCCGCACGCUGGAUCUCACAGCACCACCUACAACAAAGAUGAGGAUACAGGGACAGCCUGAGGGCGCGAGGAGGCGUCUGGAUUUGAAUGCGGUCAGUGAGCUGAGGGGUGUGGAGGUCAUCCGUGGUCGGGCAGGAUAUGGCUUUACUAUUUCGGGUCAGAGGCCGUGUCUGUUGAGCGGCAUCCUGGAGGGAAGCCCUGCUGACCUGGUGGGACUCAAACAGGGGGAUCACAUAAUGGCCAUCAAUGGAAACGACGUGUCCACUGCUUUGCAUGAGACUGUGGUGCAGCUGAUUGGCAGCUGCAAAGGACCCUUGCAGCUGGUGGUGCAUGCUCCAAGCCGAAUCAUGGGGAACCCCAUUCUUAAUGAUGCAAAAUUUGGGAUUGGCCCGAAAAAUGGUAUUUUCCAAAAGGCGGGUGUUCUCCGCACUAUCUCCCAUGAUUCGAGCAAUUCCUCCUUCAACUCUAGUCAUGCUAGCAGCCCCAAACAGAGGCCGGUGUCCGAGCCCGAUAUGUCGGAGUGGUCCCAGUGGUGUGGACAACAGUGGAACUCUUUAGCUGAGCAGCAAAAGGAGGAAACCUUCAGAGCGGGGGACACGGACUAUGUGUUUACAGACCCAGAGGAAGCUAAUCCAGACUGGAGUAUGUUGAACAUGACCUUGGUGGUGGGCUACCUGAGCUCCACAGAGCUGAUUUUAAACACCACGGGAUCCGAGGAGGACUGUUUAAAUGCCAUCCGGGAGCGAAUACGAUUGUUGGGAACAGAGCAGAAUACCCACACUCUGGUGAUGAUGAAGAUCAUGUUUGACUGCAUCCGACUUUGCGACGACGCGGGAGCUGUUUUGGCAGCGUUGCCUGCUGAGAACCUGGUUUUAGGGGCCGUUUGUGCUGAGGACCCACGUUUUUUAUGCCUGGUCACUACAGCACAUAUAAUCAACGGCCGUGUACCGGAGGAUGGUCCUCUGCGGGCCUCCUGCCAUGUUUUCUUCAUCGACCCAGAGCUGGGAAAUCACCAGGACCAUCUAGGCAUUGCCGGACGCUUUGGUUUUGACUGCACUCCAGAUCCAGAUGCCUCGGGCUGCCUGGAAUUCCCUCAGACUCCACCAGAUGUUCUCCACUUUGUCACGGUGCUGUACAGUGACAUGGGGGAGGCUGUGGAGAGGCUUAGAUCGAAACUGGACAUGGAGACUAAGCAGCAAGCCAAGGAGAUUGGGAGCACGGGCAAACAAGGCAGCGCCAGCAGCAAUGGGGACAGUGGAAUUGGAAAUGCGUCACCCCCUGAGGAGAGAACAGAUAGGGAUUUCCCUUCUGCCAUCCAAAACCACCCUGGAGCCCACCUCCCCAGCUGUCCAUGGGAUUAUCCUCGGGCUGAAGACCUCACCCCAAUAAACCUCUCCAAGAAAGGCCAAAAACGGAACAGUGCCAGCACACAUUCCCUUUCAGAAUCACUACCCGGCCCUGAUUCUCUUCAUAGCUUUUAUGGAGGUCCUCCACCCAGGCUCGAGUUCCAGUUCAAGCCCCCACCACCUCCCCUGCCCUUGGGUACAAAAGCCAACGUCUCUGGGGACCCUCUCAGAGGUAGCCAAAGGUGGUUCUCAAAGCCAAAGUGGUCUAAAGCCCUAAGCGGUGAUCGUGAGCCUCAGGUGACCAGCAACUGGUCCUCCAGCCUCGGCCUCAGCACCGGCACAAAUAACCUGCCCCCUCCCAUGAACCAGAUCCCCUCAGACCGGUACUCAGCUGAGGUCAUGAUGCUCCCUCCCAGACAGGAAUGGACCGCAAAGUUUCUUGAACAGAGGGAGAAACAGCGGAAAGAUGGCAGUACCAAAAAUGGCUCCAGGUUUUGGGGUAUGGGUGUUACCCGUGCCUCUAAACGCCGCUCUGUCAAACGUAUGAGCAUGGCCCGAUCACUGGAUGACCUUGAGUCGGCUGCUUCCUCAGAUGGCGACUACAGUGGAGUCCAGCUGCAGGGAUGCUGCAGCCAGAGCAGCCUGAACAGUAAUGGCAGUCUUCCAGGAGCAGGCAGCCUUCGAGGGGUUCCGGAGCAGCGCGUGGCCAGCUGGGCCGCCUGCUUCGAACGCCUCCUCCAGGAUCCAGUGGGGGUGCGCUACUUCUCGGAAUUUCUCAAGAAAGAAUUCAGUGAGGAGAAUAUCUUGUUCUGGCAGGCCUGCGAAUACUACAGUCAUGUCCCUGCAGCCGAUAAAAAGCAGCUGUCCCAGAGAGCUGGAGAGAUCUACAACAGCUUCCUGUCCAGCAAGGCCACCAUGCCGGUCAACAUCGACAGCCAAGCCCAGCUGGCCGAUGACGUGCUCACCUCCCCGCGGCCCGACAUGUUCAAGACGCAGCAGCUACAGAUCUUCAACUUGAUGAAGUUUGACAGUUAUUCGCGAUUCCUCAAGUCCUCCCUCUACCAAGAGUGCAUGUGUGCCGAGGUGGAUGGCCGACCUCUGCCCGACCCCUACCAGAUUCCCUGCAGUCCUGCGCCCUCCAAGCACAGCGCCAGCUCGGACCGCUCCACCCUCUCCACCCCCAAAAAGGAGGCCAGGAAGCAGAGGUCAGGGAGGUCACUGAAUGAAGAAGGCAAGGACGAGAGCGCUGACAAGAAACGCGGCAUCUUCUUCUCGUGGUCACGCAACAGGAGCUUUGGGAAGGGACCGAAGAAGAAGGAGAUAGGAGACAUUAACCUCGACUACUGGGGCAGUAAUGGGCGGAGGGAGUCCCAGGGCUCCUUGUCGUCCGGUACCAGUCUGGAGAUGGCCACUUCCUGCUCUGCUGGCAAGAUUGAGUCUGAUAAUCGCCACUCAGUGUGGGAGCGUUCCCCCAAACAGUGCAGCGUGGUGCUGCCCAACGGUUCCUGCUCUUCAGUCAGCCUUCGGCCCGGCGCCUCCAUAAGGGAAGUCCUCCAUGAGCUCUGUCAGAGCGUGAGCAUCAACAUCGCUGCUGUUGACCUCUUCCUGGUGGGAGGGGAGAAGCCUUUGGUGUUGGACCAAGACUGCAUGACCCUGAGCUCUCGAGACUUGAGGGUGGAGAAGCGGACUUUGUUUAGAUUGGACCUGGUGCCCAUUAACCGCUCCGUGGGGCUUAAAGCCAAACCUACCAAGCCAGUCACCGAGGUCCUGCGUCCCGUGGUGGCCAAAUAUGGCCUCCACCUCAGCGAUCUUGUGGCCAAAGUAAGCGGAGAAACUGAGCCUUUGGACCUGGGUGCCCCCAUAUCCAGCUUGGAUGGCCUACGAGUUGUUUUGGAGAGAAUCGACCCGGCUUCAGCGAAAGACAAAUCUAAAUCCUCCUCCCUAAAGAACCACCCACCAAGUAGAAGUUUCUCUGCCGCAGGAGAUGAGAGGUCAACACCAAAGGACUUUUCUGUGAGAGCAAGUGGACCAGACUCAGCACUCCCAGGGGAAAAGAGAAAACAGAAAAAGAUUAAUAUAGAUGAAGCAGAAGAAUUCUUUGAGCUGCUGAGCCGGGCGCAGAGCAGCCGAGCCAACGACCAGCGCGGACUCCUGAGAAAAGAAGACCUGGUGCUCCCCGACUUCCUGCGUCUAACCCCAACCAUCUCCCACUGCUCCGUCUCCUCUGACCUGGCCUGCUCCACCCCUGACUCCCUGAAGCCAAGCCGGGAGAACGGCCUGUCCUCACGGGGGGCCCUCACCGCCAGCCUUCGUUCGGAGAGUCUGGACUCCUCCCUCAGCUCCAGUGCCAAUGGACACUCCGGGAACAGGUGGUGCCUGAUGCCCCCUCCUCGCCACCAAACAUUUGGCACCCACCUCUCCCCCAUCACCCGGCCCCUGGACACCCGGCCGAGCCUCCGCACCGUAGAGGAGGACGGCAACAGUGACCUGACUCUCGUGGGGGAGGGCGACAUCAGCAGCCCCAACAGCACCCUGCUGCCUCCGUCACCGUCCCCAUUGGCGUCCUUCAACAGCAGCCUGCCUGAAGCCAACUUCACCCCGCCACCACCCUGCCCCCAGUCUCAAGACGCAGGUGGAGAGGGAAAGUCCAGUUCAGAGAAAGGGAUGAACCCAAACGCCGACACCAAAUCUCCCGCCGACAGAGCCGACGCCGCACAGACGGUUCAGGAGGUGAUGGAUGUGGAGGGGGUCCAUCUAGAGGAGGGGGCUCUCGAACCACCCCAGGGAGAGGAGUCUGAGCUCAGCCUGAGCUUCCAGGGCUACGUCGCUGAGCUGCGGCAGUGCCAGAGCAAGCUGAGGAACGCCAAGAUGCCCCAGAACGGCCGCAGCCCACCGGAGGGCAACGACUGCCAGACAGACCUCUACAAGGCCACUAUUGUCUAAAGGGAACCCCCCCCACACUGCUGCACUUUUUAAGCCUGAGGCACUGUCUUUCGAAAGGGAAUUAGUUAAACGAUGGGCUGCAUGAACGCUCCAAAAAAAAAAAAAAAAAAAUCAAUAUUACGUUGAUAGAUAUUGUAUAUUUGUUACGAAUUCUGGCGUCUUCUUGUUGAUUUUUUUAGUACUGGUUGUGAUUGUUGGACAGUGAUAUGUUUUUGUUAUGGUUUAGUUUAAUAAUGAAGUGCAAAGAAAUUCUAUUAAGAGCCAUGUUAGACCAAGGACAACCGCAGAGGAAGCCUGAAAUGAACUUUUGGGCACACGUUGCAAACUGUUUAUAAGCUGCAAUCAAUGGGUUUAUGAAUUUAUUGUACAAUUUAAAAGCUAACUAAAAAGGAAGGAAUGUUAGCGAACAAUAUGUACAAGUGAAGGGAUUAACCAUUGAUCUAUUAAUUACGACAAACAAUAUGAAGACUUUUUGAAGUUUGAUCCAAAAAUCUUAGUUUAAUGUCCACCCUCGAGCUUUUCCAGCUCCUCUUAUGCUGAGGAAGGCUAUGAGAUGCAGUUGAAAGCUAGUGACUGAACCUUGAGGUUGAUUUUUUUCUGAAACCACUGUUGCCCUAUUAGAAAGUGGUAAUCACUUUUGUUGGACCAUAAGCUACACAGGACUCUGUUUUAAGGAUCAAAAGGGAGGCAAAUCACACUUUUAAUGCAUAUUUAAAUAUUUCCUCUAUAUCAUUCCUAUGUUUUGCAAUUAACGGUACCUUUGUUGCCUGCGUGCUUCCUGCUUCUGUGGUUUUUGAGGUUGUCCACAUGUUGAAUGAUUAAAAAGCUUUGAUGGCUGUG